GUUUUUCGCGGAAAAUGCGUUGGAUUUUGUUACCGUUGUUGACGUUGAUACGUGCAAUAUGGUGCGCGCACGGCGCCUGCGAGCCGAUCAGAAUCGAGAUGUGUCGUGGCCUUGGCUACAAUGUCACUGUCAUGCCGAAUCUAGUUGGUCAUGAGAUUCAAGGCGAUGCCGAUUUUACCUUACAAACGUUCAGCCCGCUCAUUCAAUACGGAUGCAGUGCGCAAUUGCAUCUGUUCUUGUGUUCGGUGUAUGCUCCGAUGUGUACCGAGAAGGUCCCCGCACCUAUAGGUCCCUGUCGAGGUCUGUGCGAACAAGUGCGGGCACGCUGUUACCCGGUUCUUCAGGGAUUCGGUUUUCCCUGGCCCGCUGCAUUGAACUGUUCCAAGUUUCCACCGGAAAACAAUCACCAGCACAUGUGCAUGGAAGGACCGGGCGAGCCAGGGCCGGCUAAUCCUAUUCAGGCGAUAAGCACUAGCAACGGACCUUGGGGCUGUUCCUGGUACGCCAAGUCUGGAUUAUACAUCUUCCUCAAUCGCUCUGGAAGAUGCGCCGCCGCUUGCGAUGCCGAUAUCCUUUGGUCCCAGAAAGACAAGAGGCUCGCGGAGGCCUGGAUGGCUGUAUUCGUAACGGUGUCCUUAGUCUCCGUCGCGAUCGCGAUCCUGACAUUAUUGAAGCCACGCAAACGGCCUAUACUGACCAGCCCCGCAGAGCGUGCGAUAGUCUUUUUGACUAUUUGUCAUGCGGCAGUCGCAAUUGGCUACGUGAUUCGAUUGGCUGCCGGCCGGCUAAACGUCGCCUGCACUCCUGUGAUUCAGUUACAUCCACAGGAACAAGCUGUCUUGGCCCAGCAACAGCAGCAACUGCAGCAACAGCAGCAACAGUACCUAACGCAAGAUGGCCUAGCUAAUCCGUAUUGCGCCGUCGUUUUUCUGCUACUCUAUUAUUUUGGAAACGCAGCGAUCGUUUGGUGGGUCGUAAUAUGCGCGUGGUGGUGCAUAAUGGCCAGAAAAUGGACGAGAACGGCUGGCAACUACAAGGAGGAUAGUUUCGGACUGCAGCAGGGAUUCUCAACCGUAGCCACCGUCGCAGCUUGGAGCCUCCCCGCUGCGCACACUAUCGCCGUACUGGUCACGAGGGAUGUCGACGCCGACGAGUUGACCGCGAGUUGUUUCGUCGGUCAGCAGAACGCGCAUUCUCUUCUGGUAUUAGUGCUGGCGCCACAAUUCGUCUAUCUGUCAUUCGGCGCAACCUUCCUUUUAAUUGGCUUGGCAACAUUGGCAUUACCGCGACGCCCGACGGUAACACCGACGUCGACGUCGAUGUCGACAACAUCAUCGUCUUCGUCGACGACGGCGGCGGCAGCGGCAGCGGCAGUUUUAACGGCGCUAACGGCGUCCCACGCGAAUCCAUUGCGUUCGCAGCGAAGUGAAAUCUCCGGCAAAUUAUCUCCAGGAGAAAUUCACCGGCGACAAAAGCAGUUAUUGACUCGCGUCGGCAUAUUCGGUUGUCUUUACGCUAUCCUGAUCAUUUGCCUCGCCAGCACGACUUUUUAUGAAUGGUGGGGAAGAGAAACGUGGCUGCGAGCACCGGAACCGUCAACGGCACCUCGCAUACCUGCUCGUCCUCUGUUGCAAGUUUUCAUCCUACGAUUAGUAGUGACCCUUGGUGCCGGCGUGAUGGCCGCCGCGUGGAUCUGGUGGCCGGAAAUAACGAACACUUGCCGUAAACUGCCGCACUGUAAACAACCUCCGCAUAAAUGCCAUCCCAUUCCCCUUGUACACACCUGCCAAUACAACGCUGCCAAUCCUAUACCUCACCAAAUUCAUCAUCUCGCUCAUCUAACGCCGCCGCAGCAUCCUCUAUUGCAGCAUGCAACGUUAACCAAUUCGCAAUUGCCACAUAGGAACCAUAAGAAUAAGAAACAUCGGAAACACCGGAAACAUUAUCAUUCCGGUAGCGAAACGCAAGUUUGAACUUCGAACGAAUGUUAACACGUUUCUUUUGUGCCUUACUUUUGUCGCGUCGCAUCCAAUUCGAUAUAAACACACUGCACAUUAAGCGAUAUUUUUAAACUGAUCUCUUGAGAUCAGUUCAAAUCUCGUAUUAGGUACUUAUUGUUAAUCUUAAAACUUCAUCCAGCA